UGAAUGUUACUCGGUAAAAUCUUAACCAAAACUGAAACUUAGAUUGUCACUGAUACCAUUUAUAUAAUCAUCGAUUUGGUUCAUUUGAUCAUUUUGUUGAUUCUAAUUGAUUCAUUGACAACAGACAAACUGUUUUUGUUACAAACAAAUCAUUCAAAUCAUGAGAAACAAUUCAACAUUUACAAAAGAUUACAUUUAUUGCUAUAAAACUAUCCUUUUAAUCAUAAUUUAAUUCAACUAAACAAAUUAUUCCUUCCUCAGCUUUUCAUUCACUUUCCAAUUCCACAGUCAAUAAAAAACAGAUUGAUUGUAGGAAUGAUAAUCGAUUAGGUCGGUUGUAACUCGCUUUCUUGGAGGGUAACAAGGCAGGAAGGAAGGAAUGAUUAAGGUGAUUGUUUUCAUUAAUUGUAAAAUUUAGGGGUAAAGAAGGUAAAAUUAUGUUACCUGUACCGAUCAUCAUUACCAUAAUCAUCAACAUGAUCAUCACCAUUAAAUAAUAAUCAUCAUCAAUUGAAGGUUCUUCAAGUUUUCCCAUAUUUCUUCAAGAAUAGUCACUUUCGGUUAACCCUUACCAAGAUAUAAUGUUUUGAUUGGCGUUGACAUGAUUUUGAUUAAAAUUAGUUCAAUCUGUUUAAAUGGUAAUAAUCGUUGACAACAAUUACUCUUAAUCACUUGAAUAUCGAGAACAAAUGAUUAAUUAAGAGACAAACGGAAGCUCAAAUAAAAUCAACUAACAAAUGAAACUCAAUUUGAUUUAAUCACAAGCUUAUUGUAAAGUUAGAUUGUUUUAAAUUUUCAAAUAUUAACAGCUCAAUGAUUAAAUAGUGACUCAGAAAUUUGAUCAGUUUCGUCAACAGGGAAAUCCUGAAUUCAAACAGAAUCAAAAUUGGGUGAAUAGCUACAAAGCUCCAAUAAACAAUCGUCUCUUGAUUUACAGAAUUUUUCUGAGAUUAAAUUUUACUGAUUACAGAUUAACUGGCAACAAUUAAAAUGGUCUUUAUGCUGAUUUAGAAGUGAUUAGAGUAAAGUGAAGAUUUAACAUCAAUGUUUAUUAAGAUGCAGGAACACAAGAACCAGUUAUUUGCCCAAAUCUGGUUCAGGUCAUUCUCUGGUUUCUAGUCAUUAUUCACCUGGUUUUGAAUUGUUAUAACAAAUUGUGAGUGAACAUUUCGGUUAAUUAUUUAAUUUGCCAAUUCAUUUUUAACAUAAGAAGGUGAAGAAGCGCUCAUUUUCAACUCAUUAUUAACGAUUAACCAUAAUUUACUUUCAGCUUGUCCCAAAUUUCAUCUCUUUUUUUCACAACAUUGAAGUGUUUGAAAUUACCUAAACAUUUGAAUGAUCUUGUAGGUUGUUAUGUUUAUCAUGAUAAUAAUGAUGAUGUAAAUGUAAAUCCACCUUAUUUCAAGUUAAAACCAGGAACCAGGUUAAAACAGGAUUAAAGAUUGUUUACCCUGGGCUAAAUUGAUGAACAAGAUUAUUUGUCUGAUUCCCUGGAAUUAACAUUUAGUGGUUUCCAUGGACCAAAAGUGAUUUCAAGAUGAAAGAGGGAAUCAAAUUUACUGAUAAAUUGCGUGAUAAUCUUCUUCUCACCUCAUCAUGAGAAGAAGUAUUUUUAAGAAUCAAGAUGAGGAUGAUGAUUAUCAACAUGAUUCUUAAAAUUGUUGAUCAACCCUGAUGAAAUGUUGAUUAAGUCAAUUUAUUGUUUUACUGUCAUUUCAAUGAUCUGACUGUCAAUGUCAAUGGUAACCCGAUAAUGGAAUGUCCAAUGGAUUUCCCAUGAAUGGAGCAACCAAAAGAGAGGAUUAAAUAUCAAAUGGACAUCAAAUGGAGACAGAAGAGGAAAACAAGUCAGCAUUGGAUACUUUUACCAGAUUUAGUUCCUGGUCAUUUAUCAGUGAUAUUGUGAAAACAUCUCAAUGACACCAUUACAAUUGAAUGUAAAAAUUAACCUGUGGUUAAAUAGGUUUUGAAAAAAAGCAAUGAUCAACAAUCAAGACGUGAACACAAUCAGAGUAGCAAUGAAGAGACGAUAAUGAUGGAAACAAAUUGAAUGCACACCUUGAGGAGAGUUAAGAUGAUACUGUAAGGGAGGAUGAAGGGAUAUUGGGAGACCUGAAAAUCGAUUUUAUGGCCUUGAGGCAUUCAUUUUUUUAAAUGAUCGGUUGCCUACAAAAGCGAAGCCCCUUACUGUUUCCAAGGUUGUUUACCUUUUAUACUUGAUCAACCAACACCUCAAUUGAACCCAUCUCAGUAUCUCCUUAAGGAUUGAACAAUAAAUCAUUGGUGAUAAUUGUAAACAUUUUAUUGAUUCAAUUCCAUCGAGUUGCUUGCAAUUUAAUCGCAGCUUUUCAUCAAUCUCAUCCAUUAGACCAUUCAAAAAUGAGAUCGCCUUUGUUAACAUGACAGAAACCCUCAGAUUAAUAGAAAGUUUAUUGAAGCUUGAACUUGAUAACCUCAAGAUUGUGUUGGAAACCUAUUGAUAUUAAGUUAACUCAAUCCAUUUCAUUGAUAUUGACAAAGGCCAAUGAGUUAUUAAAGGCCUUACAUGUGUUUUGGGAAACAUGUAAAGUAUGAAGUUGUCACCAUAAGGUCAUCGUGUUCACUUGGAUACUUUAAUGUUUAAAUAUCAUCUGACCAUCAAUUUGAUUGCCAAUUGCGAUGCUGUUUUAUGUAUUUUUCACAAGUCAAAUAAGGAAUUGGAAAAUCAGUCAAUAAUUAUGGAAAAAUGAUUUAUCCAAAUGUAAAAAUUGUUCAAUAUCUGUUAAUGGUGAAUCUAAUGGUUUUGUUAUUUCCAUUGGAUUGGUUACAGACACUUGGUAAUGAACAAUUGUUUGGGAAAUCUGUGAAGUCUAAAUAUUAUGGAUUACCAGAAAAAGGUACUGAAAGAGUGUUCUGGUCCUUAAAAUGUAUUACGAACUUCUCUCUGGUUCCUUUCAGUGCUUUCAUUUAAUCUUGAAAAUUGUCCCAUUUUGCCUGUUUACGUGUACAAAUUUUCCGUGUUGCCCAUUGAACUAUUGAUCAGAUUGUACCAUAACACAGGAAAAAUCACUGUACAAUAAUUUUCUGAUUGUUAUGUAAAAAACAUUAUUCUGGUUACCAAGAAACAAAAUAACAAUGAAAAUGAACCAAAAAUCUAAAACAAACAGUUCAGUCCUUUUUUUAGUGAAAAUUAUCAAUGUUGACAAUUUACUUCAACCUAAUGUACCAAUUUAAAACAAUAUAAAUCCAAGUGAAUCAAACAAAAUACUUAAUAAAAUCAUCUAAUAGACCUAAAACCCGCUUAAUUUCAUCUUAACGGGCAAUCUUAAGCUCGCAACUAACCUAAAUACAUGAUGGGCCUAUUGUCUUUACUAAGAAAAUUAAAAACUACUCCUGAUCGGGAAGUCCGUAUAUUGUUAUUGGGACUGGAUAACGCUGGUAAGACAACAAUCCUUAAAAAAAUGUCCUCAGAAGAUAUUUCCCAUAUAACACCAACUCAGGGAUUUAAUAUCAAAAGUGUCCAAACAUCGGGCUUCAAGUUAAAUGUUUGGGAUAUCGGUGGUCAACGGAAAAUCCGUCCUUAUUGGCGUAAUUAUUUCGACAAUACUGAUGUUCUGAUUUAUGUGAUCGAUAGUUCGGACAAGAAGCGAUUUGAAGAGACCAGUAUUGAAUUGAAUGAGCUAUUACAAGAGGAUAAAUUGAAUGGAAUCCCAAUAUUGAUUUAUGCCAAUAAACAAGAUUUAUUUAAUGCUUCUCCAGCAAGUGAAAUUGCUGAAGGACUUCAUUUACCAUCGAUUCGAGAUCGAAGCUGGCAAAUACAGGCCUGUUCAGCAAUCUCUGGUGAAGGACUUAAGGAAGGAUUGGAUUGGGCUUGUAAAAAUAUUAAGCCUAAGAAGUGACCAACAAUGGUUGACCCUUUCGUUUCCCAUUCAAUUACAAGUGUCCAUGUUUUGUAAUAACGCAAUAAACCCAAAUUUAAUCAUCUAAUUCAACAAUAACAAUAUUUAUAAUUUACCUGUGGAGUCAUGGUGGUUCAUAUUGAGGAUAGGAAAAGGAAGAAACAUUCAAAGACCAAAGAAGGUUAAAGAUGAUCAAACAAAUUGGUGUUCAAUUUUUCAAGCAAACUCUUCGGUUGUUCAAUGCUAAGCCAACUCAUUUCAUGUUAUCAUCUCUCCUUGUGUUUAUUUGUCUUGAACUGUUGGUGUUUAUGUUCAGCUUUUAUUCAUUAAUCAACAGUUCCAUAGAAGUUGUCAAAUUAUGUUAAUCAAUACUCGAGAUUAUCAUUUUCAUCUUGAUACUAUUCUUAAACGUAUAAAACCAUUUUACUGACACACA